GCCUCUAUGUCACUCGAGCGGUUGCCAGGACAUCGUUUGGCCGCGAGGCGUUCUUUUAUAUGCUGCUCACGCAGCGAGAGGUCACUCGCUGCUUGCGCCGUGCAGUGCGCGUGCGCGUCCGUGUGUGUUUGUGUGUGCGCGCCGCGCAAACACAGAUACUGCCCAGCGGGAGGCGGAGCCCACGUGCCUGGUGGGCCUCCACAUCAGCUGUCACCCACACAUGCUCCUCCGGUCCUGAAUUCCAAAAAUGCUCUUUAGACACAUUUGGAUAUUUUGCAGAGCCGCGGCACCCGUGGGUUAAAAAUAAGCCCACGAACGCCAUAGCAACCCAGGAUCUACUGAGGCUCAUCCGAGACGCGGUGUUUAAGAAGAUAGAGAAGUUAGUGUUUGUGUGUGUCAGGCUUCUUCAGCAGUGACGCACCACUGUGUUUUGUGGCCUGAUCCACGGAUUCCACAGAAACAGAGGCGCCCUCUCUGCUGGCGUUUGUGAUGGGGGAGGGACUUAAUCACGACUCCUCGCAGGCCCCGAAAGGCCUCGUUUGCCCAGUGACGUCACCCAAUUGUAGACGGGAGUCCGUGUUUAACAGAAGCACAGAUGAGACUUUCCAAAUCUCGCACGCCGUCCGCAGACAGGCCCGUUUGAGCCGGUGCCGUCUUAUUUUCUCCAUCCAUUUUUGCCGACUUCUCGCAAAAUUGCGCUUCAUUGUUUUUGCGAUGGCUUGUUUUUGUCCUCGGAGACAAAAGGUAAACAUUGGACAAAGAGCGGAGUCAUGGCGUCAGCGGACAAACUCUCACCUGCCACACGUACAAUGGUUUGCGGCGAUGGGGAUUGAGAAAACGGCGGUUGACCAAGAAUCACAUUAUCAUUCCAGGCAGUGGACGGUGGUUAAAGAAAUGACUCAAACACUGCUCUUAAGGUGACAAACAAUGCACUCACCCAGUGAGCAAACAGCUCCUUCUGUUCAAGUCUGAGUCAGUGUCAGUCAAAAAAAUAAUUGAUAUUUUUGCUUUAAAAUUGUCUGAUCUGACUGAUCUUCCCCACAAUAUUUCUAACAAUUCAUUUUAUGGAGGAAAAUGUCUGACGUCGUAGUGUAUCUGGGCCUGUUUCUAUUCUUAGGGGAGCCUGAACCUGAUCUCUUCCUUGAUCGUCGUGCUGUAAAUAUGAUUUACACCCGAGCCGCCGGUCUGGGAGGAUCUCGAUCGGUCCGAUUUGGCCAAAAGCCGAUCAUUAAUAUUCACGUUUAGCAAUAUUCAGUGUUCAUUUGGUGAUGAUGAGGAAGAUGAGGUUGUUUGCGUUUGUUGGGGCUCCUGUGGAUUCACACAGGGAUCAUAGUGCAUCAAAGUGAAUAUUUAACCACCAGGUGAAGCAGCAUAAUCAUAAUCGUGCCAUAUAAUAGGUGACAGAUUCGGAGCAGCAGAUUUUCCUCUGGCUGAAACCUUAGCUGCUGGAGCUACAGCUGCGGUGGAGAGACUCAGGUUAACGUGGCAUCAGGAGAAUACUACAGGAUGAAACCCACCACCUAUGCUGACAUGUUACUCCGCGAGUUAGAGCAGCCGCGGGGUAUUAAUAGAAACCAUCAUCACAGUGGAGCAUCCGUGUCCCGGAACACACGUCUGGUGGACUUGACCCGGAUCCUCGUUUCUCACCCUCACCCGUAGAUUUGAAUGACAGCUUUUGCCACUGCCUCCGCCUUCGGGCAAAGAGCACUUCCUGGUCUUUGUGUGCUCUUUAGCAUGUCGCUAACAUGCACGGUUGCUGUUGAGUGGCACAGGAAACCGAAGCGUUGAGGAUUCGGUGUCUGCUCCUGCAGCACUUCAACAUGUAACCAGGAGCCGGGCAGAGUCAAACCAGCAACCCCGCGGACCAUAGACAGCCACAAAAAACUCAUUUGAGGCUCAGUCGUUAAAAAAUUAAGUAGUUAAUCGCAAAAUAGCAAACAAGUCCUGUAAAACUGUAUUCUGAUAGUGGACAAGAAGCAAUUAUCUGCUGUGAUUAAAUAAAGGUUAAAAACACUUGACACUUUAUGCUAACACACAUACAGUAGGUACUGUAAUAGUCAUGCAGUGAGUAUUUGUGAGUCACUGACCAAAAAUCUUUUUCACUUUUGGAGUGGAGGCACGUGCUUUGGUGGCGACUAAAAAUACUAUAUGACAGCUGGAACUUUAGAUUGAUUUGAGGUCCCACUUUAAAUUUAGGGCCAGGCCUCGAUGGGGAUCUCAGUGGGUAUUAGUCCUUCCUGACGUAUGAGACGGACAGUAUGGAUGUAUGCAAAGCAAAGAAUGUGUGCCGACGCUGUGGCAGCCUGGCACAGACCCCGGAGUCAGUGCUUUAUUGUCUCCCAGCUCAUUUUCCAUAGAGACAACUGGGAAUGUUGCAUGCCGGACCGGAAUGUGGCUCGGGAAUCUCCAUUUCACCACGAUCAAGACCACGCUGACUAGUCUGGGUGGCUCAAACAGAGACACCCUCACCACAAACAACAAAGCAUCAUAAGUAGCAGUGAUGACAGUGAGACUCUGAUGGCUGUAUUUUCAUUGUUGUGUUCCCUCAGCUCUCAACACUUGUGCUCUUGGAGUGUUACGGUAGCUUCUCAUGGCUACGGCCCAAACAUUUAAAAUAAAUAGUUGAGUGCUUAACUCUGUGUCAAAUAAUAUGGUCGCCUGUAGUCAGAAACUCCACGUCGGGGUCAUUUGCAGCCGUGCUCAUGUUUUGUGUGUCGCGUGCUCCGGUGGCGCCCACUUUAAUGCCCUCUGCCCCUUGGGGCAUCAUUCAAGCUCCCUGGCACCGCGUGAAUGGGGGGCAGGACCGGCCCGAGCGCUCGCUCCCGUACGACAGCGUUUCACUCCAUGCGAGCAAGGUCGCAGCUGAAACUAAUAGUAACGAGCAUGAAAGGGGGCGCAGUUAAUCUCCAUUUACAAACCAGACCUCCUUGGAGCCAGCGUGCACCCGCUGAACUCCCAGAAGUCAGAUAAGGAACGUAUCUAAAGUGUUGGUUUGUUUCUGAGUCGUGUGCAUUGCGCUACCUUGCAUCAUAGAAACAGGUAGCACUCAAAGACACUGGCUUCAAUGAUCAUUAGAAUUCACUGCUGAACCUUUAACCCUUUAAGACUUAUUGGGGCUCCACUGCUGCUCUGACAGACUGCAGAUUGUUUCCGUAAGAUAUGACAGAUUCUUAAUCAUCAGAGGGAAUUGAUGAAAUCUUGCUCAUGAUGUCUCAACACAUGACUCACAAUUCCUGGUGCUAUGACAUCACCGGGGAGCCGUGGAGGGGAUUUUUGGGGGCCGGGUGUUAUUAAUAAGCUCUGCGGACGUCUUAUCUGAAGCUCUCAAACACUCCACACUCGCUCAGUGUCGAGACUGUUGUCAGAGGCUCAACAGACACCGGCCCACCUUAACAUGUCUGCAGCACAUCGUGUACUGCACCGUGCAUCACGCAUCAUGCGUCACGCAUCAUGCAAGGACUGAUUGAAGAACAAGUCAGCGAGAAAAGUCGCUGUCAAGUAGAAUUUUUACCACCAGUGUUUUCAUCUGCUUCUUCAUCAAGGUAGGAGAUGAGGUCCAAAAGCAGCGGGGUGGAGGCCCCGGUCGACGGGGUUCUGGUGGUUUCACAGGGCGACCGUGACAUCGGCCAAGAACAAGACGUGGGUCUAACCCUAAAGAGCCUGAAGACUAAAGUUCAGCAGAACGAGGGCGAUGGAGAAGUGGAGGCAGAGGUGAUCUCUGACAAGGAGAAGCUGCUGCUGGAUUCCCCGGAGGCAGGAAAAAAAAGACAGGACGCCGUGGACCUGUCAAAGGACGACCUGCUGAAGCUGCUGGGAAUCAUGGAAGGAGAGGUUCAGGCCAGAGAGGACGUCAUCUGCCUGCUAAGGUCCAAGCAGACUCUCCCAGAGGCUCUUGAGUCACGUUAUGGGUCUGCGGGCCCUGUUUCGGCCCUCGAGGCCCUGCAGCGGGACGGCUUCAUCGCUGGCUCCAAGCAGCCCGGCCACAGUGUCUACCAGAAGCCAAUGGCCGAGCUGGAGCAUCUGCAGGAGAAGCACCGGGACACGUACCGGAGGAUGCUGGGGCAGCUGCUGCUCGCCGAGAAGUGCCACCACCGCACGGUGCAGGAGCUGGACACGGAGAAGCGCAAACACGCCGACUACAUGAACAAGAGCGACGACUUCACCAAUCUCCUGGAGCAGGAGCGGGAAAGACUGAAGAGGCUGCUGGAGAACGAGAAAGCCUACCAGGUCAAAAAGGAGAAGGAGCACUCCAAACGUCUGGCCAAGGUGCGGGAGGAGCUGAUCAAGCUGAAGUCCUUUGCCCUGAUGUUGGUCAAUGAGCGUCAGGAGCACCUCGAGCAAAUGGACCAACAAAGCCGACAGAUCCAGGAACUCAGCCAGCAGCUGCAGCAGCGGGACCAGGCCCUGACAGAAGCCAGGGAGCACGCGCUAGAGGACGGCGACAGGCUGCUGAGCCUAGAGGCUGAGCUCAAGGAGAAAUCUGCCAAGCUCGCCCAACAACACGAGGAGAUGAGCGCCAAACUGGCCACGAUGGAGCUCCACAACCGUCAGCUCAACGGCAAGCUUUUGGGGUUCACGCACAAAGUGGAGGAACUGGAGGAGAACAACAGGGCUUUGAGGAAAUCUGAUGAAGAACUGCAGAAUCUCAGGCAGAAAAUCAGCAUAGGGGAGUGUGGCAACUCCAACCUGAUUGUUGAGCUGGAGAACUUACGGAAACGGGUGCUGGAGAUGGAAGGAAAAGAUGAAGAAAUCACCAAGACUGAACAUCAGUGUAUGGAGCUUGUAAAUAGACUACAAGAGGAAGACAGUAAAAGUAAAGACCUCAGGCUGGAGGUGGAGAGGCUCCAGAGAAGAAUGGUUGCGUUAGAAAACCUCGAGGGUGAGUUCAGCACCAGCAAAUCUGAGUGUGAACUGCUACACACUGCUUUAGAUAGAGAAAAGGGCCUCACGAAAGAGCUCUCAGACGAAGUGGUGUCACUCAGGAUUCGUAUGAAAGAGCUUGAGUCUUCGGAAAUCAAGCUGGAAAAGUCCGAGUUGAGCCUGAAGGACGACCUGAGCAAGCUGAAGUCGCUGACGGUUGCUUUAAUGGAAGAGCGAAAGAUUCUCAUCGAAAGAUUAAAGGUAGAUGAAAAGACUAGGGAGGAUUUGAAUAGGAUGGUCAAAGUUGAGCAGAGUAAGGUUAUGGAGGUGACUGAGAAACUGAUAGAAGAAAGCAAAAAGCUCUUGAAGUUGAAAUCGGAGAUGGAAACCAAAGUAGAAAGUCUGACUUCAGAAAAAGCAGAGCUGAACUCCAAGCUGGUCUAUGAAAUAGGUAAAAGUAGCGACCUUAAUUCCAUAGUCAGUCAAAUGAAAAAGAGAUUGGAUGGGUUAGAGCAGGCGGAGAAGCCAUCUGUGAAGAAUUCGGUCAAAAGUGAACUGGGACGAACGCCUGAGCCCAUAAGAAGAGAAGACAACAAAAUCAAAGAGCUGACGUUUGAAAUCGAGCGCCUGAAAAAUCGCCUCGAACAGCUUGAAGUGGUCGAGGGAGACCUGAUUAAGACCGAGGAUCAGUACGGCGUGCUGGAGAAAAGGUUCAUGACGGAACAGGACAAGGCCAACAUUCUUUCCCAGCAGGUGGAGGAAAUGAGGACUCAGAUAGCGCGGAACAAAGCCAUCGAGAAAGGAGAGGAGCAAAGCCAGGAAGGAGACCUCCGGCGACGUUGCAAGAGGGAGGAGGCCAAGACGCGGGAACUGCAAGCCGACAUCAUGGCACUCAAGGAGAAGAUCCACGAACUGAUGCACAAAGAAGAUCUGCUGUCUCAGCUCCAGGUGGACUACUCCGUCCUACAGCAGAGGUUCCUGGAGGAGGAGGAGAAAGCCAAGAACAUGGGCACUGAAGUCUUUCAUCUCACCCAAGAGCUGGAGGUAGCGAAGCGCCAUAGUCGAGCGCUGAGGCCCAGCUUGAAUGGGAGGAGAAUGGUGGACGUGGCCGUGGCGUCCACGGGGGUGCAGACGGAGGCCGUGUCCGCCGGGCCGGCGGAGGAGGACACGCCGGCCGUCUUCAUCAGGAAGUCCGUUCAAGAGGAAAAUCACAUCAUGAGCAACCUCAGGCAGCGGUGCCUCAAAAAGCCCACGGUUGAGCGUUCGCCUUCGUCGAGCAGCGACCUGGGUUUGAAAAAGUCCUGGAUUCCCUGGAUGAAGAAGAAAGAGCACAUUCCUCAGGAGGCCAACUUGGAAAAGCCGCUGCAAGUCAAUGGAGAUCACUUGCCCUCCCACCUGGCUGUGUCUCCGAAGCAGCCUUUACACAUUAGGGUAACCCCAGACCACCACAACAACUUGGCCACGCUAGAGAUCAGCGGCCCCACCGCGGAGGAUGCUUUUUCCAGCUCAGCUCCCCUUAGCCCCAACCCCUCCCAUCCAAAAUCCAGAAUCACAAUCAUUCCCACUUACUCCGCUCCCACUGCCAGGAGAAAGCCCACCAGCGGACCUCACGGCCCUGAAAGAGCCAAGUCUCCGCUCACCAUCACCGCUGUAUCCAGAGCCAAGUCUCCUGUCACCAUCACAACUGUAUCCAGGGCCAAGUCUCCAGAGAGCAGCCGAACGCCCUCCCUGGGAAGGCCCCUGUCCCCUGUCUCUAUCAUCAGCACUGCCACAGUGCCGCAAACGUCUGCCUCCCCGGAGCCACAGGAGAUGACCAUGGGCCGGGCGGUUUUCCGGGUGACUCCCGAGAAGCAGAUGGUUCCGAUGCCCAUACGCAAGGGCCACAGCAACACUAGCAUCAUCACCACCACCACCACCACCAGCAGCGAGGACAAGAUCCAUAUUCAUCUGGGAAACAGCAUCGCUCCAAAGAUGGUGGUCAGGCCGGUGACUGCCGUGACAGAAAGCAAAGAAUUGACCCUAUCGACGGGGACCGUCCUGCGUUCCCCUCGCCAAAUCACCACUACAGCCACCAGGAGCACGCAGAGCAAGGUCAUGAGCAGUAUCACCAUAUCCCCGGUCACAUCGGCGUCUCCCAAACCCACACAAAGCACGACCGGGCACGAUGCCCAGCCACCUCGCACAGGGCUGACCCGCAUCCCAAUGUCCAAAAGCCUGAAGACAGGAAAGGCUGUGCUGGGAUCACUGGGGAUCUCGACUGGAGUGAAGCUAGAGUCACGAACUGAAACACAGUCUAUGAGGAUAGAAGUGAAGAAGUCCACUGUGAACAGCAAUAUUUUACAUAAUGGAGGAAAACUAUGACUGACAUAAUCCUAGCAACAAAAUAUUAUACUUCUGAGGGAUAAUGACCUACAAUGAGAAAUAAGAGCUCUGUACAACUCACUAUUUUGCAAUUGAACAAGCCAUUUAUGUUUUUUUACUUGUGUUUCUGUCUGAAAAAAUGUUGUUACAAUUACUUUUCAGCUCCUGAUAUAUUAUUAUUAUUAUUAUUAUUAGUAGUAGUAGUAUUAACAAUAACAACAAUAAUAAUAAUAAUAAUAAUAAUAAUAAUAAUAAUAAUAAUAAUAAUAAUAAUAAUAAUAAUAAUAAUAAUAAUAAUAAUAAUAAUAUCAUCAUCAUCAUCGUCAUUAGACUGGUUAUUUAAUUGAUCUGUUUAUUGCUUGAAGUGGUUGGUUCACAUAGAUUAUCAUGUAAUGACAUAUGCUUUUAUGUCAUUUAUGUUUGUUAUAUUAUUAUAAUAUUUUAAAUAAAGGGCAAUGUGACAUGUUUAUGUAUAAAAAAUACAAACUAAAUGUAG